AUGAUUCUUCGCAAAGAGGCAGCUGUCUGCCUCUUUAUCUUCCUUCUCUUCGCACUAGCUUCAGGCGAUUGCAACGAUGACAAACUUCCAGGAUCUGAGCAAAUGGACAAGCCCGACGUCAAUUUCAAAGACAUAAACGUAGCAGAAGGCGUCUGCGUGAGGGUCUACGUCCCCAAAUCAGCCACUCCCGAGAAGAAACUUCCCCUCGUGGUUUACAUCCAUGGCGGCGGCUUCGUAAUGUACAGCGCCUUCCUCAACCCAUACGACAAAUACGUCUACUUGCUGGUCACCACGGCCAAUGUUGUCGCCGUGUCGGUCGACUAUAGGAGAGCCCAGAACCAUCCCUUUCCCGGCGCCUACGACGACGCCUGGGCUGCGCUCACCUGGAUUGCCUCCCAUGCCGGCAAGCCCGGCCCCGAGGAAUGGCUCAACACCCACGCCGACUUCAGCAGAGUCUUCCUCGUCGGUGACAGCGCGGGCGCCAACAUAGCCCACAAUAUGCUCAUGAAAGACGGCCUCGACCUGGACGUCACCGGGCUGGGUCUGAUCCACCCCUAUUUUUGGGGGAGCAAGCCGAUUGGUUCCCAUGAGGCUAGAGAUGAGAAGGGCAGGGAACCAGGUGACCGGGUGGUGCUGCAGUCGGGCGCGACGCCUGACGACCCGCGGAUCAACCCAUUCGUGGAUCGGGCAAAGCUGGCGGGGCUCAAGUGUAACAAGGUUUUGGUGCUGAUAGCGGAGAAGGAUCUGUUUAGGGACAGGGGGGAGUGCUACUACGAGGCGCUGAGUCAAAGCGGUUGGAAAGGAAAGGCAGAGCUGAUGGAGUCGCCAGGGAAGGACCAUACCUUCCAUCUGCAAACCCCGGAAGAUAAGGAGGCUCAGGCGAUGCUCCAACGCGUCUCUUCUUUUGUCAACAGCUGA